GCGAAACAAUUUCUCGAAAGAUAAAGCAGCAAUGGUGGAAGAAGCUCAUUUUGGGUUCUAAAGGGCGAGUAGCAAGAGAGAACGACGAGCAUUGAAGAUAGAGAUUUCUUUGAAUAAUUUCUCCUUUUCCGAAUCUGAAAUUCGGAUUCAGCUUGGGAAAGCUCCAAUAAGGUCUGCCUAGCUUAUCUGUUCUCUCCGUAUAGAUCAAAGUAUCAAUUUUGAGCUACAAUCUCCGUGGUUUUGAGCCUCAAUUUUCUGUUGGAAAAGCUUUGAACUUGAGGUUUGUAGCUUCAAGCUUUAAUUUCUGUGCAAAAGGUUGAAUUUUAGUUUAUUCAGUGAUUUCUGUGGGAUUUUCGGGAAGUUGAACUGUUGAAUUAGGAAUAAAUCUGGGGUUUUACUUGGAGUUGGAGCAGUGAAUUCCUGUUGGCAACAGCCGGUUAGUUGUAGUUGCAGUUUGGAAAUUCGGGCUUAGAAUUUGAAAUUUGGGAUAUGUUGAGGGGAGAAUUGGUUCUGGGAGAAUUUGGAUCUCGGGGAGUUAACAUUUUCUCUCCGUCCCUAUAAAAAUUGGGGUUUCAGAGAUGGGAUCAGGUAUUGCGUUGUUUGCGUUGCUGUUAGAGCGGUUGAAUAUUGUUUGGAGGAUGAAUAUUUGUAAAUGGAGCAAAACCCUAAUUUAGUAGUGGAACUUUGGUGUUUCUGAGCAGUGGGUAGUUGGUGUUGUAGUUGAGUUGUUAUUUUGCUUUUGUAUAUGGACUUUAUGUGCUGAAGAGAGAUGCAACCUCCACAUCAGCACACACGGAUCAAUCUCGUCGAAUUGAAGGCUCAGAUAGUGAGGAAACUGGGACCAGAUGGUUCCAAGCAGUACUUUCAUUACUUGAGUAAUUUGUUGAGCUUGAAAAUGAGCAAAACCGAGUUCAAUAAACUUUGUGUUAGGGUUCUUGGGAGAGAGAACAUUCCACUGCAUAAUCAGUUCAUACGUUCUGUUUUGAAAAACGCUUGUUGUGCAAAGGUUCCACCUUCAAGAAGCGAGAAUGAAGUUUCGGCACAAGCAAUUGCCAAGAACAAAGAUCCUUCAAGUGAUGAUGCCAUUGAGCAAAAUGGGCCACAUGUUGCUUCAAAUCAACCCCGGUUGUCAAAUGGGAAUACUCUUCCAUCACCUCCUUGUUCAAAUACUAUUAUUGAAAAUGGGGAUUUACCUGUGGCAAUGCAUCACCAUCAAGGAAUCAUGCAGCGAACAGAGAAUGAUGCGGCAGUGUUGGGGCAAGCCCCUAGAAAUCCUUUAGUAACAAAGAGACCACAUGAACAAAGGAGUUCACUUCAAGCUCCACUUGGGGUCUCACAUUGUCCGGUCGGUGUUGGUGGGGCCCGUAGAGCAUCAUUACAUUUGGCAACCGCAAGCAAGUCUGUUCGCACCGAUUCUACUUCUGUUGGUGCUUUGUUAGACAGUUUGACACUCAGGGAACACAUGAAUCAGAUUGCCACGGAACAUGGGCUUGAAGGGGGUGUGUCCGUGGAUUGUGCUAAUCUGUUGAACAUCGGUCUCGAUUCUCACCUAAGAGGUUUGAUCGGAUCUUGUGUUCAACUUGUUGGAGCAAGGCGGUCAGGGCAGAAUGGGACAGUGAAUACAAACACUGUGAAGCACCAAGCAUAUACGAAACCGGUUAAUGGUGUCAGACCGGGAUAUCAGUUGCAGUUAAACACUGGCAGGCCUUCAGAAGUUUUGCAAGAAGAACCUCUACCGCCUCAGAGUUUCAUAUCAUUGCAAGAUUUUAAGGUAGCAAUGGAGCUGAACCCUCAGCAACUGGGUGAAGACUGGCCUGUGCUGCUUGAGAAAAUAUGUACUCGUGAAAUGGAUGAACAUGUGUGACUCUGUGACGUUCUUCGAUUGGAGCUCUGCCAGACAGUCUCUACUGGAUUCCAAAGGGCAUUGGGGUUUUAUAUUUUUUAUUCUCUAUUCUUUCUUUGGCCUGUUUGCACACUUAGAACCAGUAUGUGACUGGCGAAUGAACUUAAGGGAUUGAUUGUAGCGAGUGGAGCCCAACACAUUUGUUUUGUUACUGCUGGAUAAACUAGCCAUCGGGCAGAAACACCGCAUUCAUUCGCAGCUGCUGGAAGGGAAACCAAACAGAGAAGAAGAAAGCCCACACUGGUUGCCUUGUUGUAUGAUUAGCAUAAUCCUCACCGUGUAUCUUUAUGCAUUCUCCUGUAAUUUUCAUAGUCGAUGAGGAAUUUAGAACAGUUUUGCAGGAAUAAUCAUGUAGCCUUAGUAUGUUUUUAAUUAUUAUGCAAGAGCUGAAAUGAAUUUGAAACAUGUUUCACCCAGUAGGCGUCUCUGUUUUGUACAGGCUCUUGUUUCCUUGAUAUAUCAGAUAAUGCGCGACACUCAAGUAUAUAAAUAUACUGCGAGUGGGGAGCUACUGUACAGGCCU